UCAAUUGGCUUUGUCGACCUCCCACUCCCAUUUCGAGCUCGCAACAAUGGCGGCGGCGACACGACGCGCCCUCUCCUCCCUCAUCUCCCGAACCCUAGCCUCCUCCUCCUCACCCAUUCGCUCCCCUUUCUCCUCCUCUCACCUCCUCCCUCUCCGCCUCUCCGCCGCAGCCGCCGCGGCCGCUGCCGAUCGCCUCUCCCUUGCCGCCGCACCAUGGGCCGUCCCAGCUCGGACGAAGACGACCUCGGGAUCGGGAUACUCUCCGCUCAACGAUCCUUCUCCUAACUGGAGCAAUCGCCCCCCGAAGGAGACGAUCCUCCUCGACGGGUGCGAUUACGAGCACUGGCUCAUCGUCAUGGAGUUCCCGCAAGACUCUAAACCCUCGGAGGAGGAGAUGGUCGCCGCCUAUGUCAAAACCCUAGCUGCAGUUGUUGGGAGUGAGGAGGAGGCGAAGAAGAAGAUAUACUCAGUGUGCACGACGACGUACACGGGCUUCGGCGCGCUGAUCUCGGAAGAGCUCUCGUACAAAGUUAAAGGACUCCCUGGUGUACUGUGGGUGUUGCCUGAUUCUUACUUAGAUGUUCCCAACAAAGACUAUGGAGGAGAUCUUUUCAUUGAUGGAAAGGUUAUCCAUAGACCACAGUUUCGGUUCAAUGAGAGGCAGACAACAAGGAAUAGGCCUCGCCCUCGGCAUGACAGGCGGCGUGAAACCAUGCAAGUUGAGAGGAGAGAACCAAUGCAGAGAGGUUCAUGGGCUCAAGAGCAGAGAGCUCCAGAUUCGCAGCAAGGGUAUCAAAGUGGACCACCAAGAGAAGGGAAAUAAGGUUUUCUUAAUGUUUUCUUUUAUAGUUUUAUCUGAUAUUGGAAUUUUCGCAAGCAAGUUAUUUUUGUUAUUCUACCAAAUGAAGCUUGUUAAACGGAUAACUAGGUACUGAAGUUUCUAAUCUUAUGUAAGUAAAUUCUUGUUGUCUUUGUUUCAACUACAACACUAUGAGUAGGUUAUAAUCGUUUGUGUGGCCCUGUUUUAUGAACAGAAACACUCUUGAGUUGCUAAGCUGUAUUUUAUUAUUUUAGUUUUUUACUUUUAGUACCUGAUUAA